AGGUCUGUGAAUCGCAGCAGCGGCUUUGUGCGUUUCUUUCUGUGUGAGCGAGAGAGAGGCUCAGGGCUGCACUCCUCUAAGGGCUUCUCGUACUCUCUCUCAGCACACAUUCACACACGCACACGCGUUCAUCCAGACAGGGGGCUUUCACCAUCCCAGACACACCGUCUGCUGCCCAGCGGAGCACUGCGACUUCCGUCUGCGAGAGCCUGGCGGAGAGGAGGGGAUUUUUUACCCAGGAUUCUUCCGUGAUUUGCAACAGCAUGAGCCCCGCCGUGCCAGACUUCAUUCCAAGGUUGAGUUGAGCACAGCCGCUGCAGCAGGCGACGAGGGAGGAAUGGAUCGUGGAGAGAGCAGAACGUGGAACUGAGGGCUUUUCCGUUGUCAGAGGAUGCUCUGUGCUUCACGGCAGGACGUUUAAGAGUUCGUUGGAUGCUCCUGUGCUGUAGCGGAUGGAUUUUACACGCUAUCGGAGAGGGAGGGGCUGAGGUUGUCAGAGGAGUGUCUGUAUGUGAGAGAUAUGAGGCCUCUUCUGAAGAACACCGUUGAAUAUUUCCCUCACUGAGGAUGUGCAACAAUUUCUGCUCAGCACAACCACAUCUGAGGUCACUUCUUCUCUAGACCCUCUUAUACCUCAGGGUUGACUUUCAAAAUUCAUAAGUGUCUGCGUGUUUCCCGCUGAGCACCGCUUGGUUUGAGACCAGUUUUGCUUCACUGCAUCCAGAGUGCAAAACUGCUGAAACAUCGCCCUCCAUGGUUUCUGCCCAUUUCAAGAAGCUAUCGUCUUACAUCGUAAAGAUUUGCAAAGGAAUGUUUACAAAGAAACUGGCAACUGCCACAAAGAAGAAAGAGAGCAGCGAAAACAAAAAAGAACCAAAAACGUCCCCUGACCUGCAAGCAAGGAACCCAACAUUCUCAACCACACUGAAAAGCACAGUUAAAAAAAUCUCCAAAUGCUCGUCGGCACGCAAUAUAUCUCUUGAGGAGGAUGAUGGAAAAAACGACUGUUCUUCUCUCUCGCCAACAUUCAGUUACCGUGUAGCAAUUGCCAAUGGUCUGCCAAAAAAUGCCCUCUUUCUGAACAAUAAUGAAUUUCAUGAGGUCUUGUCAAUUGAUAGUGAUUACUCUGACUCUCUAAACGAGGCAAAACUUGUCCAUAGAUUCGAUGAACAAAAAGCUUAUACAAUGCCAGUAAGAAGGAACAGGAAGAGUUUGAUUAGUUUAGCGCCCUCUGAUGGCAGCUCGGAGGGAGAACGGGGAGAGCGCAGCAGUCUCCAAACUCUUCGAUUGGGCGCUCUGAAAAAGCUGAGGAAAUGGAAGAAGAGCCAAGAAUGUGUGUCCUCAGAUUCAGAGGCCAGCAACUGGAGAAAGACUCUUGGCAUCAGAAGCAAAUCUCUAGACCGGGCUGGCCGACAGCAGAAAACCACUACCCUAGAGCCGGGAUCCAGCUCGACGGGAUGUAUCAGUCAGACUCAGGAUGUGAUGGAGAUGAUCUUCAAAGAACUUCAGGGAAUCAGUCAGAUUGAGUCUGAGCUCUCAGAGCUGCGUGGGCAUGUUAACGCCCUCAAAAGCUCCAUUGAUGAGAUCUCCAGCAGCGUGGAGGUGGUGCAGAGUGAAAUCGAGCAGCUCCGAACAGGUUUUGUGCAGUCCAGACGUGAGACUCGAGACAUCCAUGAUUACAUCAAGCAGAUUAGCCAACAGACCAACAAAGCUGCUCUGAGAUUUCUAAAUGUGCCUGAGGAGAAGUAUGAAAAAACAGAAGAGCUUAUUUAUCAAAUCCUGAAAGAGAAAAUGGGGUUUGCCGAAGCACGCAAGACAUUUAAAAUUGAACUGGCCCAUCGACUAGGGCAACAAAGAGAAUGUUACAAUGCUAAACCUCGACCAAUUGUAGUUAUAUUUUCAAGCCCACAAGACAGGGAUUUAGUUUUGAAAAAGUGUUAUAAGCUUAAAGGAACUGGAAUAUCCAUCUCGACUGAUAGUCUAGUACAUGAUUCAAAAGAAAAGAGAGACAAGCCAAUGGCUUCCUCUCAGACGUAUGAAAGCAUGGACAUCAAGGUCUCAGCCAAAGACAAGGCUGAAAGUGAUGACUGGGACUCCAUGGAAAGUGACAAAGAGCUUGAUGAAUUAAACAAGAACAAAUAUGCAAUUGUGUCCAAACCACCCCCAAAAAGUAAGUCUGAUAAGAAAAAGUCUCACGAUCACAGAAGGAUGGCCGAUGACUCGGCCUACUCUGUGCACUAUGCGGAUAAUACAGACUACGAUGACCACGACAAGCAAAGUAAGUCCUACUAUUCUGAUAUAACACCUGGAUGGCUUUCUCAAAGCGACUACUCCACUCCCAAACUCAGUCGGUCUGAAUCUGACUGCUCUAAACUUUGCCAGUCUUACUCUGAGGAUUUCUCAGAGAGUCAGUAUUUCAGCAGAGUCAAUGGCUGCUCCUUGCUUUCCUCCUCAGAUCAGGAACUUUGGCAACGGAAGCAAGAAGACAUGGCAUCCUCCUGGUACGCUACUCCUCCCAGUCAAACUCUGAGCCAAGAACGACCUUAUGUGGAGCAUAAUGAAGUUGAAACCACUGAGACAAUUGACAGUGGUGUGAGUAAUGGUCUUGUUUGUAUAUCAGGGGACAGGAGCCAUUACAGUGGCUCUCAGCUGUCGCUGCAGGGUGACCUCUCACCAUGGAAAGAUUGGCAUCACCUUGAACAAGGUACUGAUUCAGGUUUGGACGCUUCAACUGAGCAGAACAUAAUCUCUGAGAUCAGUAGUCCCUUUGACCCUGCAGCCAACCCUGGUUUCCCUGAGAAAAUUACUAAAUGCCUUGAGGUUGAUUUACAAUUUGAAGGUGAGACCUUUCUGACACUAGAUAGCACUCCUGAGACAGAACCUGAACCAGAGCCAGAAUUAGAGCCAGAGCCAGAGCCUGAAUCAGCUCCACAAACUUUGCAGCGGCAAGAUGUGAACCACCUCCAGCAGGGCCAGAAAUCUUCAGCCAUGUACCGGAGCCAGAGUGAGAUCAGAAAUGAGAAGGUGGAGGAUGUCCCCAAAUCAUGGAGUAGCAGGCUUAGCAUAGACCUCGGUGAAAAAUCCUUUGGCUUUGGAGGUUUUGGAUCCACCCUGCAAAGAGCAAAGUCAGCUUUGGAUUUUGUAUGGAAUAAAGGCCCCCAAAGCACCAGCGCCCCGGUUGAAGAACCAAGCAACACCUCAUUCAUGGGCAGGUUUAGAACCAUGUCCCAGUCCACAGCGAACAGCUCCAGCACAACCAUUGACUCUGACGUCUACACAGAACCUUUCUAUUACAAGGCAGAAGAUGAAGAUCAAUCUACUGAACAACCUGUGGACAAUGAGACACAUUAUGUUGAGGUGAUGGAACAAGUGCUAGCCAAUUUGGAAAACAGAACAAAUGCCAACGAGGCUGAGGAACAGUACCAAGAAGAGGAAUACAAUGUCUCGCAAGAAUAUGACAUCUCUCAAGAUGGUAACCUUGUGUUGGAAUAUGACUGCAGCCUUGAUGAACAAUAUGAUGAGGAAUUUAGUGAGGAGUAUGACGACAAUCCCAUGACUGAAGACACAGCAGAAUAUGAGGUGAGUCUGGUGGAUUAUGUGGAAGAAACCGGGGAACCAGAAGCAGAGAUUGAAGAACAGGAGGAAGGCAAAAAGGAGGUGCAGGAGGUUCAAGAAACAUCAGAAACGAAGGGAGCAGAUGAGGUAGAAAAGGCUGUAGAACAUGAGGAUGAGAACAAAAACGUUACAGAGGUUCCUGUGCAGGAAGCACCACCCAAAAAAAGGAUACGUCCCACCUUCAAAGAAGCAGCACUGAGAGCUUACAGGAAGCAGAUGGCUGAGCUGGAACAGCAGAUCCUGGCAGGAGACAGCACUGCUCUGGACAUGGAGGGUUGUGCCAAUAUCCUGGACCCAGCCAAACUGGGGCUGACUGGCGGAGGGGUUGGCAGUAUACUUUAUGGCAUUGACAGCAUGCCAGAUUUACGUCGCAAGAGGACCAUGCCUAUUGUCCGAGACCUGGCUUUGACAUUGGCUGCUCGAAAGGCAGGCAUUGCGUUUGGGCUCGUGAACAGAACGACUCUAAACAACGAGGAGCUGAAACUGCAUGUGCUCAGAAAGACUCUCCAAGCGUUGAUCUAUCCCAUCUCCUCCACGACACCCCAUAAUUUUGAGGUGUGGACGGCCACUGCACCCACCUACUGUCACGAGUGUGAGGGUCUGCUCUGGGGCAUCGCCCGACAGGGCAUGCGCUGCAGUGAAUGCGGGGUGAAAUGCCACGAGAAAUGCCAGGACCUCCUGAAUGCAGACUGUCUCCAACGUGCAGUAGAGAAGAGCUCGAAACAUGGAGCCGAGGACAAAACCCAAAACAUCAUCAUGGCCAUGAAGGAACGGAUGAAAAUCAGGGAGAAGAACCGACCCGAGGUGUUCGAGUUGAUUCAGGAGAUGUUUCUGCUCACGAAGGAAGACUUCAUCACCCAGCUGAAGACAGCCAAACAGGCCGUGCUGGAGGGGACGUCCAAGUGGUCUGCCAAAAUCACCAUCACGGUUUUGUGUGCUCAAGGUUUGCAAGCCAAAGACAAGACGGGCUCCAGCGACCCCUACGUCACAGUACAAGUGGGAAAGACCAAACGCAGGACCAAAACUGUUUUCGGCAAUCUCAACCCCAUCUGGGAUGAGAAGUUUUUCUUUGAAUGCCAUAACGCCACAGACCGUAUAAAAGUUCGUGUGUGGGAUGAAGACGACGACAUAAAGUCCAGAGUGAAGCAGCACUUUAAGAAGGAAUCUGAUGACUUUCUGGGUCAGACUAUCAUCGAGGUGCGGAUGCUGAGCGGGGAGAUGGACGUCUGGUAUAAUCUCGAGAAGCGUACGGAUAAGUCGAUGGUGUCAGGGGCCAUCAGGCUGAAGAUCAGCGUUGAGAUGAAAGGAGAAGAGAAGGUGGCUCCGCCUCAUGGGCAGUACACAUGUUUACACGAGAAUCUCUUCCACUACCUGACGGAGGUGAAGAACAGUGGAGUCGUGAAGAUCCCAGAAGUCAAAGGCGACGAUGCCUGGAAGGUUUAUUUUGACGACGUGUCGCAGGAGAUCGUGGAUGAGUUUGCCAUGCGUUUUGGUGUGGAGUCCAUCUACCAGGCUAUGACUCAUUUCUCUUGUCUCUCAUCCAAGUACAUGUGUCCCGGUGUUCCCGCGGUGAUGAGUAACCUGCUUGCCAACAUCAAUGCCUACUUCGCUCACACAACAACAGCAACCACUAACAUCUCGGCCUCCGACCGAUUCGCAGCGUCCAACUUUGGGAGAGAAAAGUUUGUCAAACUCUUGGAUCAGCUUCACAACUCUCUAAGGAUCGACCUCUCCAAGUAUCGGGAUAACUUCCCUGCUGGAAAUCCAGAGAGACUCCAGGAUUUAAAAUCAACCGUUGACCUGCUGACGAGCAUCACCUUUUUCAGGAUGAAGGUGCAGGAGCUGCAGAAUCCUCCCAGAGCCAGUAUGGUAGUUAAAGACUGUGUGAAGGCCUGUCUGGACUCCACCUACAAAUACAUCUUUGACAACUGUCAUGAGCUCUACAACCAGCUACUGGACCAGGCUAAGAAGCAGGAUCUGCCGCGUGAGGAACAGGGUCCGUUCAAGAACCUGGACUUCUGGCCCAAACUGAUCACGCUGAUGGUGUCUGUUAUAGAUGAGGACAGAAUGGCCUACACACCCAUCAUUAACCAGUUCCCGCAAGAGUUGAAUAUGGGUAGAAUUAGUGCUGAAAUCAUGUGGAACCUCUUCGCCAUGGAUAUGAAGUACGCAAUGGAUGAACAUGACAAGCAUCGUCUUUGCAAGAGCACAGAAUACAUGAAUUUGCACUUCAAAGUAAAAUGGUUCCACAACGAGUACGUCCGAGACCUGCCUGCCUUUAAGGGAAUUCCUCCAGAGUAUUCCCUGUGGUUUGAGCCGUUUGUUAUCCAGUGGUUGGAUGAAAAUGAAGAUGUAGCGAUGGAUUUUGUUAACGGAGCUCUAGAGAGAGAUAAAAAAGAUGGGUUCCAGCAGACAUCAGAACAUGCUCUCUUUUCUUGCUCGGUGGUGGAUGUGUUCACGCAGUUGAACCAAAGCUUUGAGAUCAUUAAGAAGCUGGAGUGUCCGAACCCUCAAGCUCUCGCUCACUUCAUGCGCAGAUUUGCAAAGACCAUAAACAAAGUUCUUCUCCAGUAUGCUGCGAUCAUCUCCAAAGACUUUAGCAACCAUCUGAACAAGGAGAACUUGUCCUGUAUCCUGUUGAACAACAUCCAGCAGCUCCGAGUUCAGCUGGAGAAGAUGUUUGAGUCCAUGGGAGGAAAACAGCUGGAUGCUGAGGCCAGUGGUUUGCUCAAAGAACUUCAGAAUAAGCUCAAUACGGUGCUGGAUGAGCUCAGCGCGGUCUUCGGCUCCAGUUUCAAGCCAGUGAUUGAGGACUGUGUCAAACAAAUGAACCAGGAGCUCGUGCAGAUUAAAGGAAACGCAGGGAACAAGAGUAAUGCAGCCAUGGACGCAGAGACGGUCCUGCGACCCCUCAUGGACCUGCUGGACAAGAACCUUAUUCUGUUUGCUAAGAUCUGUGAGAAGACAGUUCUCAAGCGGGUUCUGAAGGAGCUGUGGAAAAUUGUCAUUAACACCAUUGAACGACAGAUUGUUCUUCCGCCGCUCUCAGACCAGACACAAGGGGCUCAGAUGAUUUUCAGUGCUGCCAAGGACCUGGGUCAGCUCUCCAAGCUCAAGGAGCAUGUGAUACGGGAGGAAGCUCGUAGUCUCACCCCUCGACAAUGUGCCGCCAUGGAUUUAGUGCUUCCCACCAUCAAGCAAUAUUUCCAUGCAGGUGGAAACGGUCUGAAGAAAACCUUCCUGGAAAAGAGCCCCGAUCUCAAGUCCUUGAAAUACGCCCUCAGCCUUUACACUCAACCCACAGAUGCCUUGAUCAAGAAAUAUAUAUGCACCCAAACCUCUCAAGGUCAGUCCACGACUGCAUCCAACGGGGAGGUCGCCAUCCAGGUGGACCUGAUCUCACACCCCGGUACUGGAGAGCACAAAGUCAGCGUCAAAGUUGUGGGUGUGAACAAUAUCAACUGGCAGACCAAUGCUAUGUUUCGCCCCUUCGUGGAGAUCAACGCCAUCGGCCCACACCUGGCGGACAAGAAACGCAAGUUUAGCACCAAAACCAAGAAUAACAACUGGUCUCCAAAAUUCAAUGAAACAUUCCAGUACGUGCUGAGUAACGAACAUGGCCCAGAGGCCUACGAGCUUCACAUCUCUGUGAAGGACUACUGCUUCGCCCGAGAGGACCGAAUCAUCGGCUUGACAGUCCUGCAGCUCAGAGAACUGGCCGAAAAGGGCAGCCUGAACGCCUGCUAUCCGCUCGCCAGGAGCGUAACGAUGGACGAUACCGGUCUGACCAUCAUGAGAAUACUCUCGCAAAGGACCAACGACGAAGUGGCCAAAGAGUUCGUACGUCUCAAAUCAGACACCCGGUCAGCCGAGGAAGUAUCGUAAAGAA